UUUCUUGCGCACUAACGUCACUGCUAGUUUCCUGCGACGGAGAAGAGCGCGAGAUAGAAAUUCAGGAGCGCGCAGGGAGAUCGCGGUAGCUGUACGAGUCGAGCCGUAUGCAAGUUAAAUACAUCAACAACAGCAGCAGUACCCGGGCUCAGUUCGCGCUGCUGGACAAAAUAUAUCGAAUCAGGCAAAAUAAUCAAAAACCCGUGUAAAUACUGCACAUGACGUUUAACGGCAGCUGGACUUUUCAGCGUCAAACCGUCAACAACGGAAACAGAGGGAAAUGUCCUGGUGGCCGCGCGGGGAGGAUGCAGAGGACACCUUGCUACAAGACACUGAUUCUGAUGUAGCUGAGCAAAGAGACACUGGAAGAGUUAAGGUGAAAUGGACACAAGAAGAGGAUGACAAGCUUAAAGAUUUGGUUCAAAAACUGGGACCCACAGACUGGAAACUUAUCGCCAGUCACAUACCAAAUCACACAGAAAAUCAGUGUCAGCACCGCUGGUUAAAGGUGUUGGAUCCAGAGUUGGUCAAAGGUCCUUGGACUAAAGAGGAGGAUGAGAGGGUUAUAGAACUUGUGAAUCGCUAUGGUAACAAGCAGUGGGCCACUGUGGCCAAGCAUCUGAAAGGAAGACUGGGGAAGCAGUGCAGAGAGCGCUGGCACAACCACCUCAAUCCCAAUGUGAAGAAGUCGUCGUGGACUGCUGAGGAAGAUCUCAUCAUCUACAAAGCUCACCGUCUGCUUGGAAACCGUUGGGCUGAGAUCGCUAAGCUGCUCCCUGGAAGAACUGACAACGCAGUAAAGAACCACUGGAAUUCCACCAUUAAGCGCAAGUUGGAGAUGGGCUUCUAUGCAGGGGAGGAUUUUAAACCAGAGGAGCUGGAGGAGAUGUUGGCCCGUGUUGACAGAUGUGUUCAGGUGCCAAACAGUUCACAGGAUGAAGCAGACCAAGACCCAGAGGAUACAACCCAGUCUUCUAUGUCGGAUAUCGUCGCCUCAAACCCUGUUGAAUCACACCGCAGAGGAGCCGAACCGUCAAAGUGCUGCCUCCUCAAAGAAUCUUCAGACAUUAAGACUGAAACAGACAGUUCAGGAGAAUUGUCCAGCUGCAGCUGGGGGGUGGACAACUCUGGCUUCCUGUCCCCUGCUGGCUCAGGACUGAAGGAGGUUUUAGACAUGGUUGAAGGGGACCUGGACGGCUGGUGCAAUCUCGCAGCCUUUGACCUUCCUGAGGAAAAUCCCAGCCCUGAGCGCCACCAGUUUCGUCUCGAGGGAAAUGCUUUGCAGGAGUUGAGCAGAGGCAGCAAAGGGGAACUCAUCCCCAUUUCUUCGGGAGGGUUGACCCCGCCUUCCAUACUGACCCGUCGAAGCCGGAGAUGUACUGCCCUGUCUCCUGACGCUAAUAAGUCCAUGACCCCAAAGAGUACUCCUGUGAAAAUCCUGCCCUUUUCUCCGUCUCAGUUUCUCAACAUGUGGACCAAACAGGACACUCACGACCUGGAGAACCCGUCCUUAACGUCCACUCCUGUAUGCAGCCAGAAGGUCAUUGUCACCACACCGCUACAGCGAGAAAAGACGCCCCUGAUUCAGAAGGAAAACUCUGUAUUUGUUACUCCCAAUCACAAGUCGGAGUUCUGCCUGACUCCAAGAACACCUACACCGUUCAAAAAUGCCAUGGAGAAGUUCGGGCCUCUUCUUCCUCUGCCCCAGACUCCGAACCUGGAGGAGGACAUAAAUGAGGUUAUCCUAAAAGAUGCUGGAAUCAACUUGGUUACUGUAAACUCAACACCUGAGCAACAACGUAAAACAGGGCAUCGUCCUCCUAUGAGGAAAGUGCGGAAAUCGUUGGCACUGGAUGUCAUGGACUGCCACGUGUCAAAGCGUAAAUCACGCAAGACCGAAAUGAAACACAACAUCAAGGAAGAAAAUGUGAUGGUUCCUCUGAACUCCUCAUCAUUUUGCAGUAAACGCCAUGACAGUAUUUUAGAUCAGGGCUUCCUUCUGGGACCAAGUGACAGUGCUGUACUUCCCAGCACAGCACAUCCACUUCCUAUGUCUAAGGAGUGGGAGACGGUUGUUUGUGGACAAACUAAAGACCAGCUCAUAAUGACAGAGAAAGCCAGACGCUACCUUCGCUCUUUGAAUUCCCGUGCACCCAACCGAGCUUUGAUCCUGUCCUAAGACUCUUAAUCCACCAUUAUGUUUCACAUGCACUGUGCAGUGUCGCUUUUGAUGUCUGUAGCCACCAUUUUAAUACUAAAUACAAAAGCCUCAUAAAGACAAUUAAAACCAGAGGGCAAGUAGUUCUGUCAAUGGUUUUGCAAAACAAGUUUUUAAUUCUCACGCUUGUGGGUUCAAACAAAGUUUGAAGUAAAACUCUGUUGUUGGAAAAGAACGAGUACAAUUUGAAAAUGAAAGAAAUCAAGGCUGUAUAUCUUUGGUUCCUGAAUAGACAUGGUUGUACGAUGCAUAAUGAGUCUGUAGGUUAACAGUUUUAAAGGUGCUCAGAAUCUUAACUCUCAGGUUUGAACGUCAUGUCUAGAAUUGUAUAAUAAUACAUUGUAUAUUGGAUUGUGAUGUAAAUUCAUUCAAGUCUAUUGAUAAAACAUUUAGAUAGAGAACUCUCUUAACGGUGAAACUAGUUGUAUGGCGCUUUGUUUAGCAUACAUUAAGAUUUAUAAUGUACUGUAUAUUAUCAGUAGCCCAGUCAUGGUUUGAGAGUUUCAGAGUGAAUUAAGCAAAACUUGUUCAAACAUCAAAUUAACCUUGUUCUUACUGAGAGAUUAAGAAAUGUACAGAGAAGAUUAACAGAUACUCUUAGGAAUAUGAUUUUUAAUGCAUAUUCAUCAAUUUAUAAACAGUGAUAUAGUUGGUGCAUGUUAGCUGUAUCCACCUUUGAUGGCAAUAGUUAAUAUUACGUGACACUGUACAUACUAAGUAUUGUGUGUUUUUACACCAUACAAUACUUUGUCGAAUGUUAUAAAAUAAAUCUUAUUUGCAUUAUAA